AUGUUGCUCCCGACUUUCAUCAUCGCGCUGCUGGCUUGGCCUGCGCUUGUGCUCUCGCUCUCAAUUGAGCUUACACCAAAGCAACGCAAUGUCACGCGAGGCGCGGCCACCCAAUUCCACUACAAACCCAAGGACACCGUUGCCACGAACGUGACUGUCAUCGAUACCCUCACCAACAAGACCUUUCAUGUAAUCGACAAUGCCGUGAACGGUACAGUGGAUUGGACGGUGCCCGAUGACCUGGAGGUGCGCGGUGGCUACUUCUAUGUAGCAGCGCGGAAGGUGAACAAUGCCACGAUCACUGUCACAUCCGCAUCAGAGUUCCAGGUGCUGGACAAACCAAAGCCAACACCUUCGAAAUCGCCCGAGCAUAGCGGAGCAUGGGUGAACUCACCUUCGAUGGGAACUGUGGGCUCAAUGUUGAUGGUGGGCCUCGGAUUUCUACGCAUUGUGAUUUAG